UGUGUUGUUCUCCAUCACGGGGUGCAGAAGGACACACCGCACACACCGGGAUCUGUAACGCAGCGCUCGCGGGGGAGGAUGUGCGACUGUGGUGCUGUUAUCAUCCAGCGGUUGCCACAAGAGCGGAUCAGCGUUUCUCUGUGAGUCUGAUGUUGCUGAUUAUGCAGCCAGCGCAGUCGGCUCAUUAAGAUUACACAGCGUAAGCAGAAGAGGGAGCAACUCACCUCAUCAUUCUGGAGCGUUUUGACCCUCCGGCAAUCGGCUGUUUACACACCAGAGCAACAGUGAACGUUAAACCUCUGGUGGAAAAUCUCCAGUUUAAAUGAACCCUGACACACUGAGACUUGCUCCCAGAGCUGAAUUAAUUAAACCAAACUGUUAUUGUUUCUUUAUUUGUUGAUUUAAUUUACUGAAUAGAUUAAUUUUAGUUGGAAAGAAAGAGAGCAACUUUCAAAACCGAGUCAGACUUGUGGAUCUUGGAUCGACUGAAAAUGAUCUAUGUGACAUCCAGGAAGUUCCGUGCUCUGCUGCUGAUCUUCUGCUUUGUUUCUUUUGCCAUGUUUUUAUUAAGAGAUCCCUCGUUUCUCCUCAGCCCACUUCAGAACAUCAUUAAUAGGCCAUGUGGCUGCCGGCACUGUAUUUGGGCCACAGAGGAGGAGGACACAUGGUUCAGUGAGAGGUUUAACCAGUCCUUUCAUCCUCUCCUGUCCAGGUUGAACAGCGAUCUCGGUGAUGACACCUACAAAUGGUGGCUGUGGCUUCAGGCUGAAAGCAACCCAUCCAACUUGAGUGCAGUGAUGGAUAGGUUAUUUCAGGUCAUCCCUGGAGAACAGCACUACAUGGAUGCUGGACCUUCCCGAUGUCGUACAUGCUCAGUGGUAGGAAACUCUGGAAAUCUCCUCUCAUCCCAUUACGGCAAAGCGAUCGACUCCAGUGACUUCGUCAUCCGGAUAAACCAGGCUCCGACACAUGGCUUUGAGCAUGAUGUGGGCUACAGAACCACGCACCAUGUGAUGUAUCCUGAAAGUGCCAUGGACCUGCAGAACGUCAGCACCAGCCUACUGCUUGUCCCGUUUAAGGUCCUUGACCUGGAGUGGCUCGUCAGUGCUCUGACCUCUGGACACAUCGACUUCACCUAUAUGCCCGUCAAAAAACGGAUCACAGCCAACAGAGAGAAUGUGUUGGUGUAUAACCCCUCGUUUAUGAAGUACGUGUAUGAGGUGUGGUUGGAGAGUCACGGCCGUUAUCCAUCCACCGGCUUCCUGUCGCUUGUCCUCGCUCUACACAUCUGUGACCAGGUGAAUCUUUUUGGAUUCGGAGCCGACCGGGAGGGAAACUGGCACCACUACUGGGAGGAGAACUCGGUGAAUAGCGCGUUCAAAGAGACGGGCGUCCAUGACGCAGAGUUCGAGUACAACAUCACAGAGCUAUUGGCUCAGAAAGGCAAAAUCAGACUGUUUAAAGGCAUCUAGUCUACGUCCAGCUGGGGCGAGUAGUUAGAGAUGCACGUGAAGGAUCUUGGUAACAUGCUCCUGUCAGAAACAGGAAACAGGAAGUGAUCCAGAGCUCAGAGCCAAACUCACAGUGGUGAGGGAUUCUGUUCUGGAGUCCUACAGCAGAUCUGUGACUAAGACUGGAACUCACAACCUCCUAAACAUUAACAGAUGGUCGUCACUGUCACUUAUUUCAUGUUCCAUACCGUUCGUUUCUUUCUCAAUCACAUCCAAGUUCGAGUUUUUUGUCACUUCUGCGUUGUCUGGGGAACUGUAGACUUUAGAGUAGUCACCAAAGACUUUUUUACUUUUUUCUACCAUUUGAUUUAUUUAUUUGUUUGAAGUUUAAGAAGCUUUAGUUACUUCCUGGUUUUCUGGAUGCAUACAGUAGUUUAUCACGUUAGUCAUUUCCUGGUUCUCAGAUUUUAGUGGUCAGAAAACUUGCAAUUUGAUGGGCCAGUUUUCCAGAAGUCCUGGGAUAGGUGCGAGAUCAGCCGUGACCCUGAGCAAGAUAGAGCAGCUUAUCAAGAUGAAUGAAUGUAAUAAUGCUUCUAAAUGUUUCUGUUUAAUUUAUUUUAAUCCAUUCCUCAUUCUCUGGAUUUGGAGUUUUAUACAUUUUUAUUUGGUUCCUGCUUCUCUUCCCUACCUUUGUCUCUCUCCCUCUCCAUCUGUCUGUUUGCAAAGGAUUAUGACUGAGAGCAGGUCAUAGAUCGUAACACGACCCAUCACUAGUUUCAACCUCGGAGGCUCCGCCCACGUCCUGCAUCACGGACAUGCAGGUUGCAAUUUGAUUGGCUGUAACAUGUUUCCAUCACAGUGAAAUCAGUGGAUCGGUGUGCUUUUACAAUAAGGAUGUAGUCACUGUAUUAAAAUAAAUAAUAAUAAUAAAUAAUUACAAAUGUAAAAAAGCUUAAAAACUUGAGGUCAGACAAUGGCAGAGAGAGAGAGAGAGAGAGAGAGAGAGAGUAUGUUUUGAGUAUGAUACAGUAUAGUGUUCAGACUCCUCUCUUCCUAAGUGCCUUCAGUAACACUGUGUUUAUGAAUCUCACUUUUUAAAUGUACUACAUGAUGAAGUAUCGGAUAAAAAUACGCUUUGUUAGAACGUACGCUCUUUAACUUUCCACCUUUGUAUACAGAAUGAAAUAAAGGGA